AUGAUUAAAAUGGUGAAAGGCAUUGAGCAUUUUUGCAAAAUCGAACCGCAUGAUCAAAUACAGCUGCUCAAAAACAGUUGCAUGGAGUACAUUAUUCUUCGCGGUGCGAUGUCCUAUGAUCCAGUGCGAAACACCUGGACUGGACCAACAUCUGAUUCCGGAUAUAUAGUUCAAAUGGAUGUGCUGAAGGACACGCAAUCAAAUUUAUUUGAAAAUUCCAUAAGGCUGCUAUUUUCGCUGUGUAAUCAAAAUCAGAAGCGAACGAUUGUGGAACUGAAGGGUUUAAUGGACAAUAUCUCAGAACUGAAGUUUAUGAAUGCUCGUGCACAGUGCAUGUUGCAAGAAGUGGACGCGAGU